AUGCAUCUUCGACCGUCACUACUACUGGCAUUAGUGUCUUCUGUCACCAGAGUGGUCUGUACAGCCACCCUAACCCUGUCUCCAAGCAGUGUUCUGGUCAGAAGUGGAGACUCCUCGACUCUAACGUGCAGCCUUCAGGCCGCUAAGACCUUUUGCUACACAAUCACCUGGUUCAGGGUCCACCCAAGGACCGGAGAGAUAGAUACAUCCAUCAACAUCUUGGGAGGCCAUGAUGAUGACUAUGCGAACGAGUGUAAAGGAACUAUCACUAGCGCAAAGCCAGGGGACUCUGGAGUGUACUACUGUUCUCUAGUGCACAGUGCACUUUCUUUUUUCAGCAGUGGAGCCACUGUUACUGUGAUAGGUGCCAUAGCUGUUCGUCCAUCAGUACAAAUCUUCUCACCUCUGGACAGCAGCAGACACAACUCCGAUGUCCAACUCUUGUGCUGGGUGAUGCAGGUCGUCCCGUCCCAGGUCCACGUCAGCUGGACGAUAGAUGGAGAGAGGGCAGACGGGUGGACGGGGUCGGCCUGGACGAACGGCGGCAAUUCGGCCGUGGAGUUCACCCGGAGUUGGGUCAGGGUGCGAGCGGAGCGGUGGGAGAGAGGGGCUGAGUGUGUGUGUGAGGUGGAGUACGCAGGGGAGACCAUCAGGAAAACCGCCCAGCGCAGGGCCCAGAAUGAUCUGUCUGGUUCGUGCCACGCAGUGAUGUGGGUUUACAGGUGGCUGGGAAUCAUUUCCUCUGUGCUGUUUGUUUUACUGAUUUUUGCAUUGAUAGUUUACUGUGCAGCUAACAUAAAAUAAUGUGGAAUUGCAGUGUUUAUGGGCCACCUAGGUUUAUUGACUUUAAGUCAAAACCCCCCUUUUUUUUUUUAAAGAUAAAUCCCGAACCGUAGAGGUGGUUUAUAUGAUGGUGAAGACAUACUUUAGUAUCCUUCAUUUGUACAAAAGGGAAUAUUUUGAUUUCACUCUUGCAGUGACUCUUGUACAAAGGGGAAUAUUUUGA